GGGGCGCCUGCGAUUAGACCGUGGUCCUAAACUUUUUGGCGCACAACAGCUCGUUCCCAGUGUUUCCCUAAACCCUUCUUGGAAAGGACUGGUUGAGCCUAUGGGAUGCCAGGAAAUUUACCACCCAGGAGUGGACAAACACAUGUCUUGGUGGCUCCGAUAAUGUGCCAUGGGCUACGACGUCACCAGAUUCCAAGGGGAAGUGGACGAGGACCUGCUGUGUCCUAUAUGUAGCGGAGUAUUAGAAGAACCUGUGCAGGCCCCUCACUGUGAACAUGCCUUCUGCAAUGGAUGCAUCACCCAGUGGUUCUCCCAGCAGCAGAUCUGCCCCGUGGACCGCACUGUGGUCACGCUGGCCCACCUACGACCUGUGCCUCGCAUCAUGCGCAACAUGUUGUCCAAGCUGCAGAUAACCUGUGACAACACCAUGUUUGGCUGCAAGGCCGUGCUACGCCUGGAUCAGCUACAGUCUCACCUCAAGGACUGCGAGCACAACCCCAAGCGGCCCGUCAUGUGUGAGGAGGGCUGUGGGCUGGAGAUGCCCAAGGAUGAGGUACCCAGUCACAACUGCAUAAAGCACCUACGCAGCGUGGUCCAGCAGCAGCAGACCAAGAUUGCUGAGCUGGAGAAGACUGCAGCUGAGCACAAGCACCAGCUCGCUGAACAGAAACGGGAUAUCCAGCUGCUGAAGGCUUACAUGAGGGCCAUACGCAGCGCAAAUCCCAACCUCCAGAACCUCGAGGAGACCAUAGAGUACAACGAGAUACUAGAAUGGGUGAACUCUCUGCAGCCAGCCCGGGUUACACGCUGGGGGGGCAUGAUCUCGACCCCAGACGCCGUCCUCCAGGCAGUGAUCAAGCGUUCAUUGAUUGAAAGCGGCUGUCCGCUGUCCAUAGUCAAUGACCUGAUCGAGAACGCCCAUGAGCGCAACUGGCCCCAAGGCCUGGCAACUCUGGAAACGCGCCAGAUGAACCGACGCUACUAUGAGAAUUACGUGGCUAAGCGCAUCCCUGGCAAGCAGGCAGUGGUGGUAAUGGCCUGUGAGAACCAGCAUAUGGGAGAGGACAUGAUCCUGGAGCCUGGUCUGGUCAUGAUCUUUGCCCAUGGGGUAGAGGAAAUCCUAUAACACGGAGAUCUAGACUGUGUGCUGAGUGCUGGUCGUCCCCUCAGAUGGAAGAUAGUCUUUAGAUCCCUGCCUUUAUUGAUCCGUUUUGAUUUCUGUGCUGUCUUCUGUAGCACACUGUCCUGCUCUUGCUUCUCUUCCAUGUUAAAAUGACUGAAGGAAUGAAUAGCUGAAUUUGAAGGAACCGCUCCAAAGAUGUAUUGUUUUAGCGUUGAAGGAUGUUGAAAAAGAGGAGGACCACCGACUUCCCACUUCUCUCUGCCUUAAAAGGACUGUGGAAGGAAUAAAUGCACCGGGAAAAAUAAAAUACCAAUAAAAUUACCAAUAUAUAGGAGAUGUAGAAAUUAGGAUAAGAAUUGUAACCUUAAUUGCCUUGUCCUUUACUGCCAGGUGUUUUUGCUAUAGGCUUGGAAAGGCAAGAAGAAAUUAGAGGCAACAUCUUUCUCCCAGAUUAUUCCAAAUGUCAGUUGAAAGGCAAAUUAAAAUAUGACAGAGAAUGUAACUCCAAAAUUAGCUUGUAAUGGUUUUUUUGGUAAUUUAUAGAUCUUGAGCAAUAUAGAAAUUCAAGUCAAAGAAGGAAUAUUUCAACAGCACUUCAGUAUCAGAUGCCUUGUUUACCUCAUGUUUCAAUCAAGAGAAAGCUCAGGAGUCUUUGCAGUUUCUGCAUCCCUUCACUGUAAAUUAAUGCAAAAGCGAUUGUUUCUUUGCACAGACAGUGGUUAUUUCUGGAUGCAGAGCGAUAAACAGAAGAGGGAGAAAUUUUAUUUACUGAUAUGAACGUGUCUUAGCUCAGGAGUGGACUGUAUUUGAAAGAUCAGAGUGCUUUAAAGAUGACAUCCUGUCACCCUGUGACAUCCCAUUUAUUUCAGAAUAUCAGUCUGGAUUAAGAUAUGUAAUCCAGAAGUUUUGUCUGUGCUGUGGCCAGGCUGCUGUCUUAAUACAUUCCGUUGACUCGGCAACCAGAUUUCCUUAACACAUCAACCUUGGUGUUGCUGUGAAUGACAAAAUUUGUCUAAUUGUGUUUGUGUGUCCUGUUUACAGCAAUAAAGCGUGACUGUAAAUGAGGGUAAAAGUUAAAAAAAAAAAAAAAAAAC